CUGCAAGCCAUUGGUAUUCUGUAGAUAACCAGCUAUCCCCUGUGCCGGCCGGAGCGAUGUCCUGUCCUUACACCUCCCUCUUCAGAGCCUCGACUCGUAAGCCUUCAGCAAUUUCUCAAGCUUCAGCACUCAGAGCUGUGCAAUUGAAACAAGUCAUAUUUCCAAGAUACUACACAACUGGUAGCAGUAUGUCAGACCUCUUUGUCGAGCUCACAGCGCCGAACGGCCACAAGUACAAGCAGCCACGAGGGCUGUUCAUCAACAAUGAGUUUGUCAAGUCAAAGUCUGGCGAGACUAUUAGUUCAAUCAAUCCAAGUGACGAGAAGGAGAUUGUCUCCGUCUACGCAGCCGGCGAAGAAGAUGUCAACGACGCAGUAGCAGCAGCACGCAAAGCCUUCAAGAGCACAGAAUGGCGAGACAUUGACACAAAUGCCCGUGCAGAUAUCCUCUUCAAACUCGCACAGUUGAUCGAGCAGCAUAGAGAGACGCUAGCUACAAUCGAGACAUGGGACAACGGUAAGCCAUAUCAGGUCUCGUAUAACGACGACCUUGGCGAAGUUAUUGGCACGAUCAAAUACUACGCGGGAUACGCAAACAAGAUUCACGGCCAGGUCAUCGAUACAUCGCCUGCAAAGCUCGCCUACACCCUUCGUGAGCCUCUCGGUGUGUGUGGACAGAUCAUUCCAUGGAACUUCCCUCUCGCCAUGGCGGCCUGGAAACUCGGCCCUGCACUUUGCACCGGUAACACAGUCGUUCUGAAGGCUGCCGAGCAGACGCCACUUUCUAUCCUGUACCUCGGAACACUUGUCAAGGAGGCUGGCUUCCCACCAGGCGUGGUCAACAUCAUCAACGGAUUGGGCAGGACAGCUGGUGCGGCUCUUGCAAAACAUCCCGACGUAGCCAAGAUCGCCUUCACUGGGUCGACAGCUACCGGCAAGGAGAUCAUGAAGAUGGCUGCUGGAACAAUGAAGAACAUCACCCUAGAGACAGGCGGCAAGUCUCCACUGCUGGUCUUUGACGACGCAGACCUUGACCAGGCAGUCAAGUGGUCACAUAUUGGUAUUAUGUACAACCAAGGACAGGUUUGCACAGCAACAUCAAGGAUCUUAGUGCAAGACGGCGUCUACGAGAAAUUUGUUUCUACUUUCAAGGAGUACGUCGCAAAGACAUCAGUCGUUGGCGAUCCCUUCAAGGACGACACUUUCCAGGGCCCGCAAGUCACCAAAGCGCAGUACGAGCGCGUGCUAUCUUACAUCGAGGCCGGCAAGUCUGAAGGCGCGACACUUGUAUCUGGAGGAAAGGCCUACAAGGAUGUCGGUGGCAAGGGUUUCUUCAUCGAACCCACAAUCUUCUCAGACGUCAAGGACAACCACACGAUCUACCGCGAAGAGGUCUUUGGACCCUUCGUCGCAAUCAGCUCGUUCAAGACUGAGGAGGAGGCCGUUGAGCGCGCCAACUCAACAAUGUACGGUCUCGGAGCAGCGCUAUUUACCGAGAACAUCACCAAGGCACAUCGCGUUGCACGUAACAUCGAGGCCGGCAUGGUGUGGAUCAAUUCUAGCAACGAUUCCGAUUAUCGCAUUCCCUUCGGAGGUGUAAAGCAGUCUGGUAUUGGGCGGGAGCUCGGAGAGGCUGGACUUGAGGCCUACACUAAUAAGAAGGCCAUCCAUGUCAAUCUGGGUACAAGGCUGUAAGGAAUCAUGGACGAACAGAUACCGGUACAUGCCAUCGCUGCGUACCCGGAACGGGGCUGCGCUUGGCGCCAUGGCUUGGGGUGGGUUGGACGAUUACAGAUGUUUGACAUUGCUUGGUCCGGGAGGAACAAUUGUGGCACUGCAAGUUUGUCUCCAAGAUGCGUGAUUUAGGUGAUGUUGAAAAGAACCAUCACUUUCCAGAAAUCCACUCAUCACUUUGGGGAGUCACAUGAGGCAUAAAUUCCUUGCGUGGACUGUCCGAAACAUUGUGAAGCCCGUUCAAGUCGGCGCGACUUGGGCAGCUGCCAAACCUUUCCCAGGUUGUGGCUUGUGUGGAGCAAGGCCAGAAGUGGGC